AUGGGUUCUUCUACUCCAAAAACCUCUUCUUCAGCUUCUUCUACUUCUCUCUCUUCUUCCCCGGCGAUGAAGCUCGCCUCUGAGUCCCCAUCUCCAGCGAUCCACAAAGCGUUCUCUUUUCCGACGCCGUUGGUUCACAAUCCUCCGGCUAGAAAAGGUGGAGGAGUCUGCGGUGGGGGCGGUGGUGGUUGGAAAUUUAGAGGAGGAGAAGGAAGUGGUGGUGUGUUUGGAGGACUCACUGGUGGAGUCUGUGGUGGUGUGGUUGGCGGAGUUUGGGGUGGACUUUGUGGCGGCGUCUGUGGUGGUGUAAAUGGAAGAGGCACUGAGGGUGGUUGGGAGUUUGGGGGAGGAGACGGAGGAGUCUGCGGUGGGGGAGGUGGUGGUUGGAAAUUUAGAGGAGGAGAAGAAGGUUGUGGUGUGUUUGGAGGAGGCGCUAGUGGAGUUUGUGGUGAUGUGGUUGGUGGAGUUUGA